AUGAUCAACAAUAGUAGCCCACAAGAUUGGCCAGAACCAAUAAUAAGAGUUCAAUCUUUAUCCCAAACUUGCAUAGAUUCAAUCCCUCAAAGGUAUAUCAAACCUCUUUAUGAUCGUCCAUCUACAAACUCUCUUUUUGAAUCAACCAAUAUUCCAAUAAUUGAUCUAAGAGGUUUAUCUAGUGUUGACCCAAAUGAAAAAGCUUCAACUUUUAAGAAAAUUUCUGAGGCAUGUAAUGAGUGGGGGUUCUUUCAAAUUGUUAACCAUGGUGUUAGUCAUGAUUUGAUGGAUUUGGCUAAGGAAACUUGGCGUCAAUUCUUUCAUUUGCCUAUGGAGGUUAAGCAAGAAUAUUCAAAUUCACCAAAAACUUAUGAAGGAUAUGGUAGUAGACUUGGUGUUAAGAAAGGUGCUAUUCUUGAUUGGAGUGAUUAUUACUAUCUUCAUUAUCUUCCUUUGAGUUUAAAGGAUUACAAUAAAUGGCCUUCUCUGCCUCCCUCUUGCAGGGAAGUGUUUGAUGAAUAUGGAAAAGAAUUAGUGAAAUUAUGUGGGAGAUUAAUGAAAGUUUUAUCUAUAAACCUUGGAUUAGAAGAAGAUUAUCUUCAAAGUGCUUUUGGAGGUGAAGAUAUUGGUGCUUGUAUAAGAGUAAAUUUUUACCCAAAAUGCCCUCAACCAGAAUUAACUCUUGGUUUAUCUUCACACUCAGAUCCAGGAGGAAUGACAAUUUUGUUACCAGAUGAUGAAGUAAAUGGUCUUCAAGUUCGUAAAAAUGAUAAUUGGAUUACAGUGAAACCUCUUCGUAAUGCAUUUAUUGUUAAUAUUGGUGAUCAAAUUCAGGUUCUAAGCAAUGCAACCUACAAAAGUGUUGAGCAUAGAGUUGUUGUAAAUUCACAUAAAGAGAGAGUUUCUUUAGCUUUCUUCUACAAUCCAAAAAGUGAUAUACCAAUUGAGCCAGCAAAAGAAUUGGUAAAGCCAGAAACACCAGCACUCUACCCUGCUAUGACCUUUGAUGAAUAUAGGCUCUUCAUUAGAAUGAGGGGUCCAUGUGGAAAAUCUCAAGUUGAAUCUUUAAAAUCUCCUAGAUGA